ACCAUGCAGAGAAACUCCAAAGGUCAGACUGCAGUUUACAACCUUCGCUCACAUGUGAAAGAUAUCCUGAAGACAAGCAGCAAGAUGAAGCACCUUCUGUUUUGGGGGUUUGUCCUUUCGGCUUUCAAAAUCAGCCAUUCAAACAUUCCAGAUUUCUGUCUAUUACCUCCUGAUGUGGGCCAGGGAACAAGCUUCACUUUUGCUGUUCAUUAUGAUGUUAACAAAGAUCAGUGCACUCCUUUCCUAUACAACGGUCAAGGAGGAAAUGCUAACCGUUUUGAAAAUGAAAGAGAGUGCAUGAGAAACUGUUCACCCAAUGCAGAAAAUAUCUACCCUAUGGAUGCAUCUAAAGGCUGCACCUUAGAAAAGGCUGAAGGUGAAUGCAAUGGCAAAUAUUUGAGAUACUACUAUGAUUCCAUUGAUAAAAAAUGCAAAAGAUUCCUUUGGACCGGAUGCCUCGGAAAUGGAAACAGAUUUUUUGACUAUAACAGCUGCAACUCCACCUGUUCUGUUGUCCAAGAUAAAUGUCAUUUAACUCCUGAUGAAGGUCAUGGCUCAAGUUUCAACUUUGCUGUGUAUUAUGAUUCCACCAAAGAUCAGUGCAGUCCUUUCAUAUAUAAAGGUGAAGGAGGAAAUGCCAACCGCUUUGAAAAUGAAGCAGAGUGCAUGAGAAACUGUUCACCCAAUGCAGAGAAUAUCUACCCUAUGGAUGCGUCUAAAGCUUGCCUCCUAAAACGAACGGAAGGUGGAUGCAAUGGCAACUGUGUGAAGUACUACUAUGAUUCCAGGGAUGAAAAAUGCAAAGAAUUCAUUUGGACCGGAUGCUUUGGAAAUGGAAACAGAUUUCACGACUACAACAGCUGCAACUCCACCUGUUCAGGUGUCAAAGAUAAGUGUUAUUUACCUCCUGAUGAAGGUCGUGGCUCAAGCUUCAACUUUGCUGUGUAUUAUGAUUCCACCAAAGAUCAGUGCAGUCCUUUCAUAUAUAAAGGUGAAGGAGGAAAUGACAACCGUUUUGAAAAUGAAGCAGAGUGCAUGAGAAACUGUUCACCCAAUGCAGAGAAUAUCUACCCUAUGGAUGCAUCUAAAGCUUGCCUCCUAAAAAGAGCUGAAGGUGGAUGCAAUGGCAACUGUGUGAAGUACUACUAUGAUUCCAGUGAUAAAAAAUGCAAAGAAUUCAUUUGGACCGGUUGCUCUGGAAAUGGAAACAGAUUUCACGACUAUAACAGCUGCAACUCCACCUGUUCAGGUGUCAAAGAUGGUCUUGAGGAGGAUGAAGUGGAUACUCCAACUGGCCCUUACUCCACUGGAUAAUUCAGGACAACAUUUGACUCUAUCAAAUAAUAUCAUGGUGGUCACUGAUUCAAUGUUCAACCUUUAAUUUUUCUUGUUCAUGUAUGUAAAAGUCUUACAUGAUUCUAAGUUUUACGUUUUACUUAAUCAACAUUACAAAUGUAAAGUAAUGAUUUUUUUAUUCUAUUAUUUUUCUGAGCACUUUUUAAUGACUACUUUUCAUAUUGAGAAUUUUUUCCUUGCCUUAUGUUAUAACAAACUUAAAAUUUUGUCUUUUUUUAAAGUGUUGGUCAGACACAGAAAGUAAUUUCACGUGUUAUGAGUUGUGUUUCAGGUCUGGACACCCCUCACUCAGAAGCAGAAAAAGAGAAAAAAAAAACUCAACAACAACAGUAAACUUUUAGGUUUUCUUAGUAUGAGAACCUAAAAGUGUAAUUUUAGGUUCUCAUACUUAUUCACUUGUGCACAACUGCCUGAAAGUCUUUUAGUAUUGUGGUCUCAUAAUUAUUUAAGUGUUUCCAAAGUAUAACAGCAUUAUCAGCUCGUGUUUUGUUGAAAACUGAACUAAAUCUGAAUGCAUGUGCCAAUUAAAAAAACACCAGAUAUGUUUA